AAAAGUAGAUAAGACGGGUGCCGUUGUUCCUUGAGCUGGAUUAGACAGUCAUCGAAAAUCGUACCAAGAAAGGACGUGAAAGAAAAAGAAAGAAAGAGAAAGAGAAAGAGAGAAAGAGAGAAAGAGAGAGAGAGAGAGAGAGAGAGAGAAAGAGAGAGAGAGAGAGAGAGAGACAGAGAAAGCACGUGAGAGGGAAGAAAGAUAGGAGAAAGUCAAACAAGAAAGAAGUUUGUAAAAAAAUGGCUGGAAACGAAGAACCUUUUUUACGUUCACUUGACAACAGCCAAAUAUCAUUCGUCAGAUUUACGAACUGUACAACACGCAUCGUUGCCCUUUAUUGGAUCGAUUAUCAAGGUCAGGCUAUCAGUUAUGGCACUUUAUAUCCAGGUAGUUACGUAGACAUCGACACUUUUGUAACACAUCCUUGGAUCUUCGUCGAUGAUGAGACGAAAGAAAGGUAUUUGGUGAACCAGAGAGACGUAUUUUUUCCCGAGCCAUGGUUGGAAAAAUGUUUGAAUGCAAGGAGGCAGUAUCUUCCACAUAGAAUCGACAGAACGAACGCCAAUAUUAUGACACCGAUGUACACACUAUUUGAAUUGUCAUUAAGAGCAAUCAAAAAUUUUCUUAAACAUAAGGAGCAAGUUUUCAAACUCGACAUUCCGAGGAGUCUUCAAUACGAGCUUGCUUCAAGGCUACCAAGCAAAAACAAUAAUGAAGAGGAUUUGUAACAAUUUCUGGAUAUCCAUGGAUCACCAAGGCUUCUACGUCUCGAUAGUACAUUCGCUUUGAGUUAACCGUUCGAUAAGUUCACUUUUUCUUUUUCUUUCUUUUCUUUUUUUUUUUCUUUUUUGUUUCAAAACGCACAGUUACAUUUUUUGCAAUUGUUCUCUUCGAUCUAAUGUCGUUACACUUUAGUAAAUUUUGGAUUUUUGUUCUUCCAUUGAAAAAAAAAAAAAAAAAAAAAAAUUUGUGAGAAGUACGUUAUUGACAAUUGUUUAAAAAAUCAUUCACUCGUCGUAUCGUUACUAUUAUUACUAUUCCUCUUUCAUAUCGAUUUUUCUAUUAUUUUUUAUUUUGAUAGCUUGUAACGAGAGAAUUCGAAUUUUCAACAUUACAUUGAUACUAUGUAAAUCCGAACCGAGUUUCAAAUUGUUUUCCAUCUCAUUUUGAAGCGGUGAAUGUAAACAAUAAAACAUUGAAAAGUUGAGAAGGGAUCGUGUAUUGAGGGAAAAAUGUGAACUGAAUACUUAUCGUUGUGGAGAAAGAAAACAAUUUGAUAUCGAAAUUCUCUUUCUUUGAAUAUUAAAAUAAAUGUAAUAUCUUUAAGCUUAAAGUUUAACUAUUAAGUCUUAAUAUAUUUUAUGGAGAAUAGUCACAGGAUAUAUAUAUAUAUAUAUAUGUGUGUGUGUGUGUGUGUGUGUGUGUGUGUGUGUGACCUAUAUCGAUCGAAUCGCUCACGUUACCUACUUGUUAUUUAUAAGCCAUUAAUUUUUAACUUAAUCUAUAAAUUUUAACGUUAACUAUAAAUUUUUUUAUUUUAAGAUUAUAUCUCAAAGUGUAUGUAUGU